AUGAGUUGGGACAUCGAUUAUGAGACGAUUCAACGCGAGCCGGGCAUUGAAUGCGAUUCAUUCGAACAUUUCGUUGUUCCCUCUAGGUAUUGGAAGGAGGGUAGGAUUCGGCCCGGAAAAGAAGCCAAAGAUGGCGAGUAUCAGUACUGGCAUUGGGCAUCUUGGUCAGAGAGUGGAAUCCGUCACUGGGAUUCGGUGUGGGACUUUGUUUGUAGCUGGGUGGAGGAGGUAGAGGAGAUGAUUGAGAAAGGCGAAGAAGAGGACUGA